AUGGGCUCAGCAUCUCAAGACACUUACACCCUCCCCCCCGCCACGUCCCCGUCGCUGGGCCUCGCGCACCCCACGGACGCCGAGAAGCGGCGUACGUGGGCUCUCAACCACACGCACUGGGGCGGGGCGCUCACCCUCGAGCAGUACCUGAAGCGGGAGGCGUAUUUCACCACCAUCCCGCUGACGCGCGACGGCGGCAUGACACACUGGAUCCUCACGGACUCGGCGUGGUCGCCGGCGGCCGCAACAGAUAGUAGCACCCGACCUGUCCUCGCUUCAUGCGAGUCUAUCCGGAAGCGCGUGCUAGUCGCCUACUCAAAUCCCGACCCGGGCGCAGAUUCCACCACCGCCGCCGCGGCGACGGUCCACGAGCGCGUGGGCCACGGCAUCGGCUCCGUCUUCACGUACCCGGAGUUCCGGGGGAACCGGUACGCGGCGCGCAUGCUAAGCGACCUCGGCCCUUGGCUGCGGAAGUGGCAAGCGCAGGACGGCCGGGACGCGGCGUGCUCCGCCCUGUGGUCGGACAUCGGCAAGCAGUACUACGCGAAGAAGGGCUGGGCCGCGUUCCCGAGCCUCCACGCCGAAUUCCUGGUCCCGGUCCCGGUCUCGGUCUCGGUCGACGGGAAAGAGAGCGGACGAGAAGAACAGGAGGAAGAAGAAGAAAGCGAAAGGGGGAAGGGGGAGGGGGAGGGGGAAAUCACCCCGAUAUCAUACGAUAACCUGGAACCCCUCUGCCAGCGGGACGAACAGCUGCUAAAGGAGAGACUCCUGCGCACGGCGCGCGCAACCCGCCGCACAAGCGCCGCUUUCGCGCCCGACCACGACACGCUCCGGUGGCACCUCUACAGGGACGAUUACAUAUCCUCAGUGCUUUUCAAGACCGCCGCUCCGUUUGCGCGGGGCGCGAUAGCCGGUCCCGAGGGCCGUCGCGUCUGGGCCGUCUGGGCGAGGAGCUACGGCGGGAUCGGCGCCCCGGCCGACAACGUCCAUAAGAACAAGCUGUAUAUCCUGCGGCUGGUUAUCGAGCCGGAGGCUUCCGAGGAGAUGAAAGAGGUUCCGAGUAAUGAUAUACAGGAGGCGUUCACAGCCGUGAUGCAAGCUGCACAGAGAGAGUCAUCCCGGUGGCAUUUGGGGAAAGUCGACUUAUGGAAUCCAUCGACUAUAGUUAAGAAAUUGAUCGACCAGAGUGGUUUACAGCAUCGUUGGGUAGAGCGGGAUGAAGAUAGCAUACCUAGUAUGAUGUGGUACGGAGACGAGGAUGUUCGCAAUGUCGAGUGGGUUGCGAAUGAAAAAUACUGCUGGUGUUAA